GGGAGAGGAGGAAAACGGGGAAAGGCAGAUACAACAGAAACAGGGGGAGAACGGUGGAUGAUUUACGCUUUAAAAGUUCCCUUACAACACAUUUAAGAGUUGCGGCGAAGAGGAAUAAAACAAGAUGAUAACGCCCUACUUCCUAGAGAAUUUCUGGGGUGAAAAAAAUAAUGGCUUUGACGUGCUCUACCAUAACAUGAAGCAUGGCCAGAUUUCCUCCAAGGAGCUGACAGACUUCAUCAGAGAAAGGAGUACUAUUGAAGAGGCGUAUGCCAGGUCUAUGACCAAACUGGCCAAGUCAGCAGGCAACUUUUCUCAGCUUGGGACUUUCGCUCCGGUGUGGGAUGUGGUCAAGACCUCAACAGAGAAGCUUGCCAGCUGUCACAUGGAGCUGGUGAGGAAACUACAGGAGCUUAUAAAAGAGGUUCAGAAGUAUGUGGACGAGCAGGCCAAAGCACACAAAAAGACAAAGGAAGAGGUGGCGUCCACCCUUGAGGCUGUGCAGAACAUCCAGACCACCUCUCAGGCUCUGCAGAAGUCCAAGGAGAUCUACAAUGCCAAAACCGUGGAGCAGGAGCGCCUUCGCAAAGAAGGGGCCACCCAGAGAGAUGUGGACAAGGCUGGAGUGAAAGCCAAAAAAGCCACAGAGACCUACAAGUCAUACGUGGAGAAAUAUGCCGCUGCCAAGUCCGAGUUUGAACAGAAGAUGGCAGAAACUGCCCAGAAAUUCCAAGACAUUGAAGAAAACCACACUCUCCACAUGAAGGAGAUCAUCCAGUCAUACUCGCAGUCCAUCGACGAAACGCACCUUCAAAUAGGAGAGGUCCAGAAUGAGUUUGUGAGGAACGUUGAGAACACCUCGGUGGAGAGUUUAAUACAGAAGCUGGCAGAGAGCAAAGGAACGGGCAAGGAGAGACCAGGAGCCAUUGAGUUUGAGGAGUGCAAUGCAGCUAUUGCUACUGAAGGUGCCAAACCAAGAAAGAGAAAACCAUUUGGCAUCCCAGGUCGAAGGAAAGAUAAGGAUACAGACUCGACGGAGUCUACAGAAGUGGAAGCUGCUAACACUGCCAACGGAGCUCCCCCCGGAUAUUAUGGGGCCAUAGACAUCCAGAAUGCUAACGUUCCCCAAGUGGAUGCAGAGGGCUUCUGCAUCAGACCGGAAGGAAAUGAAAACGAUGCCAAAGAGAAUUCCUUCUAUUCGUCCAGCGACUCAGAGGACGAAGAUGAACCCAGGAAGUUCCACGUAGAAAUUAAGCCUGUUCAGCCAAACAACGGCACCCACCAGAGCCGAGUCACCAUCGACGAGCUUAAAGCCUCCAUUGGAAACAUCAUCCUGCCUCCAUCCACCUCGGGCCAGAUGCGGAAGAACCAGUCCAGGAACACAGGAGUAUCUACAUUAAGCUCUAAGGCUCAGGGUCGGGGUGAUGAGCUGGCAAAACCCAGAGUGCCAACGCCAUACGAACUGACGAACAACGACCUUCUGUCUCUGGACCCGUUCGGCCCCACUCCUGCAGCAGGCUCCUCUUCCUCUGUGUCUUCAUCUACAGACCUUGCCUCUAUCUUCCUUUCAAUCCCUCCAUCUCCAUCUUUUCUGAUGAAUGAUUCAGAGGUCUUUCUGCCAGAGGCUUCAGCCGAGGCGGUGACACAGCGGGAGUGCUCCCCUCCUCUGGCAGAGAGCCAGCAAUCCAAAGAAGUCUCCUCUUUCUCCUCGUCCACAUCCUCUCCCUGGGACUCCCCCGAAAACCCUUUCCAAGCCCUCAAACCCAUGCCAGCGAGGGCCCAGAGCGCCCCCAUCACCCUGCCCACCGAGCCAAUCGACCCCGUCAAAAGCCCUCCAGCUGCCAGCCCUCCAAAGAGCGGCGACGCCUGCUCCUCCGUCACCUGGUCCCAGAGCCAGUGGAUCGCCUUCAGUGAUAACUUUGCUCCAGCGCGUCGUCAGGGCUCAGGGUUUGGUGUAAAGGAGAGGCCUCAAACCAUCCCCGUCAGGACCAGCCGCUGCCUCUCUGAUGACUCUGCCGACGCGUACUGUAAAGCCACCAACUGCAGAGAAGACCCUGGCUUUACUGACGUUUUCUCUGGGAUCACAGAUAGGGCGACGGCAGCCGCACAAACAGGCAAAAUUUUUAAUGUGCCAUCACCAAAUCGACCAACCACCCCCCUCACAGCUGGAGCCCUGGUGCCCCCACCCCGACCUUCUUCCAGGCCCAAACUCCCCACAGGGAAACUCACAGGAAUCAAUGAGAUUGUACGGCCGUUCAGCCCACCCAAGACAUCCAACGCCAGCCCCCCUCCAGCUGCGCCCCUCGCCCGGGCGGAGAGCUCCUCCUCUUUGUCCUCGAAUGCCUCACUCAGUGCCGGCAACACCCCCACAGUUGGAACGUCUCGCGGUCCCAGCCCUGUGACCCUGGCGUCCCAAGAUGCUUUGCCCAUUGCCGUGGCCUUCACAGAAUCGGUUAAUGCUUACUUCAAAGGCGCUGAUCCCACUAAGUGCAUUGUGAAGAUCACAGGAGACAUGACCUUGUCGUUCCCCAUGGGCAUCAUCAAGGUGUUCACCUCCAACCCCUCCCCCGCCGUGCUCACCUUCAAACUGAAGAACACCAGCAGGCUGGAGCAGAUCCUCCCCAACCAGCAGCUGCUAUACAGUGAUCCUUCCCAAAGUGACUCAAAUUCCAAGGACUUCUGGUUCAACAUGCAAGCACUGACGUCCUACCUCAGAAAAGCCUCAGAUCAGAAUCCUACAGCUUCCUAUUACAACGUGGACAUCCUCAAAUACCAGGUGCAGUCCGACGGGAUUCAUUCAACUCCUCUCAACCUGGCUGUGUACUGGAAGUGCACACCGAGCAAAUCCGACCUGCGGGUGGACUACCGCUACAACCCCGAGUCCAUGGCCAACCCCGGGCCGCUCUCUAAUGUACAGAUCCUUGUGCCUGUAGACGGAGGAGUCACCAACAUGCACUCUCUGCCCAACUCCAUCUGGAAUGCCGAGCAGAAUAAGUGUCUGUGGAAGCUGAAUGACAUCUCGGAAAAGUCUGAAAAUGAAGGUUCUGGGUCCCUGAGGGCCAAGUUUGAACUGUCAGAUGGUCCCUCGAGCUUCUCCACUCUGGCAGUGCAGUUUAUGAGUGAGGGGAGCACCCUGUCAGGAGUGGACAUGGAGCUGCUCGGAGCUGGGUUCAGACUUUCUCUCAACAAGAAGAGAUUUGCUACAGGACGUUAUAUGGCAGAUUGCUGAAGUGACCCACUACUCAAGAAAUCAAAUCUUGUUAGACACAAAAGGCUUCCUGAACCUCUGGAUCCAUCUGAGCUUUUGCCCGGGUGGCGAAAAUUUCACUACAAUAAAACAGCACUGAGUAUUGAACACUGUUAAAAAGAAAGAAUAAAAGAAGACAAGCUUUCAGGAAAUGUGUAGAUAUGAAGUCUAAUAAUGCUUUCUGAUCAACUCACUUUUGUAUAGUCAGAAACAAUUUAUGAAUUAGAUAUAAAUCUAUAUUGUAUUUGAAAUCAGAAAAAAAAAGUGCACUAACAAUCUUUCACAUGCUCUUCUUCCUCUUAUAGUCUUUUCUCAAGAGCCUAUAGGGAAUAUAAAACAAAACCAUGUCUGCGUGGAAGAAAAUAAUCUGCUCUUUCCUCUUUCUCUGUGAACUGUAAAUAUUAACACUGAUUAUUCUGCUCAACCAGCUCUGACUCAACGCUCAAAUCAGUUUUGUUUACUGAACCUUUCUCCUUUCAUGAUUUGUCUUUUUCUCAUCACGUGCAAUGAAGCAAUGAAGGUAUAAUCUGUCUUCAACACACACUCACACUAUGGCACAAGCUUGAUUUCUUAAAACAACAUUCAAGUGCUUUUUAACAAAUGCAAAAGAUCUGACCUCAGUGCCUCCUCUUAUACUGUGGAUCAAGAGGCAAACAACGUGUUGAUGAUUUACCCACAUCUGGGUAGGUUUGAAUCACCCCUCGUGGGGUCUGGGAUCAGUGGGAUCUUUUUAAAAUUCAAUAUUUUUCCCCUUUUCAGUCAUGGCUUGUAUUUUUACAAUUCUUAAGCCAUUCAUUUUUAUACUUUUGGACUGUAAAACAUUGUGUCAAAUGUUAGUUGCUUUAAAAAAAAUGAAUCAAGGGAGAUUACCCCAAAUAACUUGCAGCCCUUUUUUUUAAACUGGUGUUUUUUUUUAUGAACUUUGGUGCCCUAUCAAUGGGGAAAUGUGCCUGAAUCUAACUUUUCUCUCGUCUUUUUUUGUAUACUACAGCACAGUCAAUGAAACAGCACCAACUAUGUGCCAGUUGUCUUUUUUUACUCCUACUUUUAGGAUGUUGAAGGGAAAAAUCUCCUCUUUUUACAACUGUCUUCCAGCAAUGAAUGAGUAAUAUUGGCCUUCUUUGAUUGAGUUUAAUCAUCAGACUGUUUUAUACCUUGUCUUUUUGACUUUUAUCCCUCUCUCACUCACGAUGUUAGUGAGCAGAAGCACAAUAAGGCCAAAUUAAAGAUGGAAAUGCCUUAUCGUUUUGACACGGAGUAAUCCUGUGUUGUGGUUAGAAAUUGUGACACAAUACUGCCAUUGCCCUGUGAUACAUUACUGGCCUGCCUUUCACCCAGUGCAUGCUGGGAUAAGCCUCUUUAAACCAUAAACAGCACAAGUAGGUAUAGAAAAUGGAUGGAUGGAUGGGAAUUGGUGGACUUGGUGCUUCAUUUAUGUCUUUUACUAAUGAAGGUUGCUGCUGUAGAGGCUGCUGUACUUCUUGAUGGAGUACUUGUAUGUAUUUCAUUGUCUCGAACAUGUAAUGAUCCUUGAAUUGGUUAAAAUGCUGGUAUGUGUGGAGAUGUAGUCAGUUGCGUAUAAGCUGUGAUGAAAAUUGAUGACACUUUUUUAGGGCAGGAGUUUCUAACACUGUGCCUCAUUUGGCCAGCUGACCUCUUGGAUAGGAUUUUAGAAAAUAACUUUUCACAUCUGGCUUUUUUUUACUAUCAGCCAUAGAAAAAGCUUAUUCUAACCUGUAUGGCAGGUCAUUUAAGCUCAUAUCCAUACUUGAUGUCUCAAAUGAUCAUUUAUUUGAUUUCAUUCUUCAUAUCAUUGCCAGUUUAGUAGAAUUCUGGUGAACGAUUCAAGCCUUUAUUCAUAUUCUAGAGGUAAACAAUAAUCCUUAAGUGGCUGAUGGAAAUAUCAAUUUAAGUCUGUUAUGCUGAAAUGGUGUAUCUCACUCUGAACUUUAACCAGGUGUUUGAAACGAAUGAGUUUACACACAAAUCCCACAAUUGUAGCACCAGACAUUAGUACAGUGAGACAUCAGCAUGUAGCUCUGUGUUUCCCUUUAUUAAGUAUACCUGUGGUUUCAAGAGCCAAAUGCAUGAAAAAAAAAAGGAAACAGAUUUCAUGCUCAGUAUUAGCAAGCUGGUUCUUGCUCUCCUAACAAAAAGUACAAAACAAACUAAAGAGGCUCCUUCUUUCGUCACUUUCACAUCCUUUCUUUCUUUAUGUUGUAUUGGACAGAGUUUAAAGAGAACAUUAUUGUGUAAAUGAUUCUCAUAAAUUGUACAUUUUUACCAAUAUCUCAGCCACUUUUUGUCUCAACUUUAUGAUUUCUCAUUGUGCUUGUAUUAAAUGUGUAAUAUAUGAAUAUAUACAAAUAUAUUAAAAUAACUAAAGGUG